AUGGCACAAUUGCAUUUUGCAUCCAGAAGAAGCAAUAUUUGCUCACUUUCGGAAACCUCUGGAGAUGAAUUGGAUAAUAAUAUUCACAUGUCCUUCAAAAGAUCGAGAAAAAUUUCAACAUCUAACAUUAUUCACAUGAAGCUGACUGCCAGUUUAGCCCCUCAAACACAGGAAAAUACUAAGUCUCAGGAAGGAACAACUGAGCCUUCAUCUCAAAAUAUUAGCAAAAAGAGCACCUUUCUACAGAUUUCACUACAGCCUACAAGGUAUAGUAGAUGUCUAAAGUCUAACAAUGUUAUAACUACUGGUGAAGAUAAAGUAUCUACUCGUGUCUUAACAGGAGGAAUUUAUAGUGGAGCCACAGAAGAUGAUAAAUUGAGUACUAUACAUGAUGGCAGCCAAUUAAGAAUCUCUUCCAUCGCUGACAGCCCAUGUAGUAUUUUAACCAGGGAUAAUGAAUCUUUUAGCAGCAAUUGUAGUGAUUAUGGAUCAUGUAUGAGUACAAGUGUUGAUAGUUCACAUAACUGCAUCGUUAACGAUAGUAGUACAUGUCCUCCAAGUGAUGCUUUUUUCCAUGGGACUUUAUCCUAUAAAGGCACAACCAAGAAGAGUUUGACAAAUAUUAAUACUGUCCCAUCUGAAGUUAUUUCAAAAAAUAGAAGUACAAUUCCUUUUGACCAGGAUGACUUGGAGCAAGGAUUGGAGAUGACGAAAUUUCUAGAGAGAAAGAAAUCUAAAUUUCCACUAAAAUGUUGUUCAUCUUUGCUAAUUUUCCCUAAGAGCCCUUCAGCUUCUCCAGUGAACUCAGGUACUUUACCAAGAAAAGGAUCCUAUCAAACUUCACACCAGUUCAUUAUUUCUUCCUGUGAACUUGCCGAAACUGAAGAUGGUGCAACUUCUAAAGAAUUCCUUUCUACAGCAAUCAAUGGACUCCGGCUAUCUAAAUCUAUACAUGCUCCAGGGAAAAUUAGACACAUUAAGCCACUUCAUGUGAAUGGUUCAUUUAAAGAAAACAUUUUUACUUCAAAUAAGAAUUCUAAUAAGUUGGUUUGUGAAAAAUCAUCUGACAGCUGUUCUUGUGUUUCACUACAUUUCAGCCAGCAAAGAGCAUCUUUAUCAAAAAGUGAAACAACAAAUGGUCUUUGUAAACCAGAAAUGUCAGCCGUGGAGUUUAAACUUAAUUCUAGUUCAGAGCAUAUUGAGCUGAUCCAUAGCACAUCUGCAUGUCUGCCAUCUCCCCCAAAUGUGGACUGUCCAAUCACUAUUGAAAGAGAAUUGGAAAGAUUAAACUUAAAGACAAGCAAACCCUAUCACACUUUACAAAGAAGUAUUUCAUUGGAAGGAACUUAUCCAAAUCUUUCUUGUUUAUCCAGCUUUAAGCAUAGUUGUUCCAUGGCAGGGCCAUCUCAAUUACACAUUCAGUUCACAUCUGGAAAUGAAGGCAAAGUGAGUAAUUUUCCAAAAGAAGGCAAGAACUAUUUCAAAAAAGAAUUGUCUAAUACUUUGAAACACUGUUAUAAGACAAGCGAUAACUUCCUAGGUCAAGUAAAUGUACCUCUUUACCAGUUACCGACAGAAAAUCCAAAUAUGGAAAGACCGUACACAUUUAAGGAUUUUCUUCUUCACCCAAGAAGUCACCAAUCAAAGGUUAAAGGUUAUCUUAGAUUAAAAAUGACUUAUAUGCCUAGAGCCAGUGGAUCUGAGGAUGAAAACACAGAACAGAUUGAAGCAUUAGAGCCUGGCUGGAUUAUUGUGGACCAACGCGAUGCCACUUUUCAUUUGCAGCAUCAACAGGAAUCCUUUCCUCUGCCUCCAGGGUGGGAAGAAAGGCAAGAUGUUCUUGGAAGAACCUAUUAUGUAAAUCAUGAGUCUAGAAGAACACAAUGGAGAAGACCAACCCCUCAGCACAACACAGAAAAUACUGUGAAUGCUAACAUUGAACAGCAAGGGCAGUAUGCAUUUACUACACGGAAGCAAAUAUCUGAAGAAACUGAAAAUUCUGAAAACAGAGAUGCUACAGAGAGUUGGGAGAUUAUAACAGAAGAUGAAGCUACCAUAUGUAGCAACCAAAAUCUCCAGUCUCUUCUGCCACAAAGUCACUUUGAUAUUGAGACAUACUUUGUAAGAGAAUUAAAUGCCAGACCUUCUACCUCUGGAAAUUCAGCUAUAGGCCAACAGAUAUUCAACUGUAACCACUUCAAAAAAAGAGGAAGUUUGCAAGCAUAUACUUUUGAGGAGCAACCUGCACUUCCUGUGUUUUUGCCUACUUCAUCUGGAUUACCACCAGGCUGGGAAGAAAAACAAGAUGGUAAAGGAAGAUCCUAUUAUAUAGACCACAAUUCCAAAACUACAACAUGGAUGAAACCUAUUAUACAGUCAACAGUAGAAAACAUUCAGUUACCAUCACACCAAAGUCCUUCUACAUCUACUCAAAAACCAAUAGCUACAAUGGAUUCAUCACUACCCUCCUUGAAUCAGCAAUCUGAAUCUGAGCAGAGAAGUCUUCCUAAAGGUUGGGAAGUCCGACAUGCACCAAAUGGGAGACCUUUCUUCAUUGACCAUAAUGCCAAAACUACCACCUGGGAAGAUCCAAGAUUGAAAAUUCCAGCUUAUCUGAAGAGAAACACAUCCCUUGAUACUUCUGAUCUAGGGCCUUUACCUCCAGGAUGGGAAGAGAGAAUUCACACAGAUGGAAGAGUCUUCUACAUAAAUCACAAUAUAAAAAGAACACAAUGGGAAGAUCCUCGAUUACAGAAUGUAGCAACAACUAGACCAGCUGUACCCUAUUCCAGAGAUUACAAACGAAAGUAUGAAUUCUUCAGAAAGAAGAUGAAGAAGCAGAAUGACAUUCCAAAUCGAUUUGAAAUGAAACUUCGCCGCAAUACAGUUCUUGAAGAUUCUUACAGAAGAAUCAUAGCUGUGAAGAGAGCAGACUACCUUAAAGCGAGGCUAUGGAUUGAGUUUGAUGGUGAAAAAGGAUUAGAUUAUGGAGGAGUGGCCAGAGAAUGGUUCUUCCUAUUAUCGAAAGAAAUGUUUAACCCUUAUUAUGGGUUAUUUGAAUAUUCUGCUACGGAUAACUAUACCUUGCAGAUAAAUCCAAAUUCUGGAUUGUGUAAUGAAGAUCAUCUCUCCUACUUCAAGUUUAUAGGCCGGGUAGCUGGAAUGGCAGUUUAUCAUGGCAAACUUUUAGAUGGUUUUUUUAUUCGUCCAUUUUACAAAAUGAUGUUGCAUAAACCAAUAACACUCCAUGAUAUGGAAUCUGUGGACAGUGAAUAUUAUAAUUCACUAAGAUGGAUUCUUGAGAAUGAUCCAGCAGAACUUGACCUGAGGUUUACAGUUGAUGAAGAACUCUUUGGGCAGACUCAUCAACAUGAAUUAAAAAAUGGUGGAUCUGAAAUAGUUGUUACCAAUAAAAACAAAAAAGAAUAUAUUCAUCUUGUAAUACAAUGGCGAUUUGUAAACCGAAUCCAGAAGCAAAUGUCUGCUUUUAAAGAGGGUUUUUUUGAACUUAUACCACAAGAUCUCAUCAAGAUUUUUGAUGAAAAUGAACUAGAGUUACUUAUGUGUGGAUUGGGAGAUGUAGAUGUGAAUGACUGGAGGGAACACACAAAAUACAAAAAUGGCUACAGUGUAAAUCAUCAAGUUAUCCAAUGGUUCUGGAAGGCUGUUUUAAUGAUGGAUUCAGAGAAAAGAAUAAGAUUGCUUCAGUUUGUUACUGGUACAUCACGUGUACCCAUGAACGGAUUUGCUGAACUAUAUGGUUCAAAUGGACCACAGUUUUUUACAGUGGAACAGUGGGGUACUCCUGAAAAACUACCAAGAGCACAUACCUGCUUUAAUCGUUUGGAUUUGCCUCCAUAUGAAUCAUUUGAAGACUUAUGGGAUAAGCUUCAAAUAGCAAUUGAAAACACUCAGGGUUUUGAUGGGGUUGAUUAGAAUAUAAAUAACAAUGUCUCUAUAGUUUAACUGCUGCAGUUUUACAAAUGAAAUUUUGACUUAAAAUUCUCUAGGGAACUACUUCAAACUUAGCUAUUUUCAUAAAUAUUGAAUAAAUGAUGUAAAACUAUAAGAAGAUAUGAAUACUUAAACAAUUUUAUAGUGAAACAACUUCACUUUUAAAGUAACAUCCUAAACAGUAUUCUUGUAUGAAUAUCUUCAUAUCAUAAAGAUAAAGUUUUUCUUUUGAAUUGGAAUUAUGUGAUUUAAAUAUUCUGUGCCUAAAAUAUUGUUUUUCCCUCAACAAUUACCUCUGUUACAAUAUUCUUCAGGCAGUUCUUAGACUACUGAAAUUGUAACUGUGAAAACAUUUAUGUAAGAAGUGUCAGGUGUAAAAAAAAAUUGAUACAUUCUAAGAACAAAAACAUAAAAAAUUGUUGAAAACUUAAAUAUAAUUUUUUGCAAUAUAUUUAGUGCUGCUUUCAGCUAUUUAUUAUUAUAUAUAUUGCCUAAAGCACCUUACUGCUCAAUAUAUUUGGAAAACUUUAGAAAGUGUUACCUAUAUUUUAUAAUUACUUCUUUCUCUUAAAAGCUCUUUCAGACAUCUCUUUUUAGCUUUUGGUAACAUACAGUUUAUUAAACAUAGUAUUUUUAUAAGUUGCAUGUAAAGUUAAAAUUCACAACUGCAUUGAAUGAAAAAUAUUAAAUUUUUUGUCCUUAUGGUUCAUCUGAAUAGUCAAAAAAAAUUAUUAAAUUUUAUAAUUGCUAAUUAUAAAGGAAACCUGAAAAUCCAUUUUUGCAAACAUCCAAGGAAAGAUUAAUAAUGCAGUGUUUUUCAUUUGUUCCCUGGAAAACUAAGUACAAUUUGUUUCAUUGAUUCACUGUUUCAAUAUUCACUCUUUAUUCUUGCUCAGUGAUAUAGUAAGUAUGUGUUUACAGAGUUUCUAAUGUUUACAUAUUAAGCCAAUUUCUAUCAUUGCAUUUUUAUAUUUCUUGUUUCUUCACUUUAGUACACAAACUAAAUGUUUGUUAAAAUACUGCAUAACCAAAAUCAUAAUCAAGAAUGUAUAGUUUAUCUUAGAUAUUUUGUUUACUAAACUUCUUAUAGUUUUUAAAAACCUAUCAAAUUAUUCUAAUAUUUUAUUAUCAAGAAACAAAAACAUUUUAUAUAAGUAGUAGUAUCUUAAAAGUAAACCUGAAGAGACAUUAUGAACUAAUCCAUUUAAUUAUCCAAAAUGUUGUUUCUGUUUUUUACCAUAUUUUAUGGUUUUGUUACCAUAAGGAACUUGGUGCUAUAGGGUCACAGUAUAUUUGCAUUCUGUAUGAAAGUAAAGUUAUGCCUGUAUCUGUACUUCGUGUCAAAACUAUAUUUAAAUGAACAUAAACUUACUAAAUAUAUUCUUCUAA